GUCGGGUAUGUUGGCAUCCGGCUCGAAGGACCAUUUAAAUGUCAGGUUCAAGACACCUAAAACACUUGUAAAAAAACAAGACAGACACCGAGGUAGUUCAGUUUUCAGACUUGCAAGGAGAAACGGACGAGAGUGUGUUUAGUUACAGUCAGGAAUAUAUGGUGAGGAACCCUUUUUCAGAUUCAGAGAAUGAGGACUCAGCAUCAGCAAUAGAAGCCCAAGAACUGCUGAGUAUUUUCAAGGACAAUAUGGAGCAGAAUGGAGGUUAUUUGGAUGACCAGAUGUUGGUGAAGGUGAUAAUGGAUAAAGUAAUUUCUAACCCCUGCAAAAACCAAGGCUUUGUUCUGGAUGGAUUUCCAAAGACAUAUGAACAAGCAAAGGAGCUUUUCCACGUUGAUGAACAUGAAUCAGAUGAGAGAACACCGAUUUCCUUGUACAACAAGAAGAUAAUGCCAGAGUUUGUUUUGCGCCUUGAUGCAUCAGAUUCCUUCCUGAAAGAUCGGGUGAUUAACCUCCCUGAGAAGUUGGUGCAGGAACACAAAUAUGAGCAGGAGCACUUCCUGCAAAUUUUAGCCAAAUACAGAGAGAAAAACAUGGAAGAAGAAAGUGUUGUCAAUUACUUUGAAGAGUUGGACAUCAAUCCAUUAUUAAUUGACUGGAGGUGUGGCCCGGGAGUGUGUCAAUUAUUUUCUCGUGAAAGCGCAUUUAUGCCAGAAGGAAGCUCUGGGAACAGUGGCGGACGCAGAGGCUUUCUGCGGCUAUCCCUCAUUUGCCCACAACUGGGUCUUCUAAGACAAGGAAACACAAGCAGAGCGAAGAGACUAGAAACCCUAAACAGAGAGAAUCUUUUGGGGAAAGAACAAAACUAGGAUACAGUACACAUUGAACCUAGUAUUCUAGAGGUGACGUCAGCUCAGACUCCCUGAGGAAUUUGAUGGACAUGAGCAACGAGGCUUCAUUCCUGCUUGACGGGUAAGUCUAUCACAUACUUUUCUUUUUAAUUGAUUGUGCAUUCCCCGAAAAUAUAACUUCAAAUCAACAGCAUUAUUGUUAUACAGCCACGGUCGUGUGCAGCACUCGACGACAGCACAAACUAG